AUGGCGCCUACCUGUUGUGCCACAUGUCAGGGUGGUACCAUCAGCUGCGGUCGCGCCAGACCCAAAAAAGCAUCUUCAAGUUGCUCUCGAUCCCACCGGCAAUGCAAGAGGUACGGUCUCAGGCUCUCCUGGCCGCGUCCCAACAAUCGUCGGCGUGCUGUCGUCUGCAAGUCGGCUCCGCUGUCCCCGUCACCUCCCACCGCUGGCCAGAUAUCCGAUGCACGCUUUGUCCACACGUCGAAUUGGGAUAUUGAGCUGCAUCGCAGCUUGACAAACUCUGUUCCGGUGCGCAAUCUCUCUUUGCUCAGUGUCCCCAUUUUCUGGAACCCAUCUAAGCUGGAGGCUCUUGACCGAGACCUGUUAGAGUACUGGCAGGGAGGGCUAACAGCUUCAUGUACACCGCCUGUAGUUUGCUGGGUAGCGUCCGCGUCUCUUGCUACCUUUGGCCACGAUGCCACCGCCCUCGGGAACAUCCUGGUUCGAACUGCCCUGCAAGGAUCUGCGGCGGUGCUGCAGGCGCUGCUGGCCUUUUCUUCGCUUCAUCGCUACGGCCUACAGUCCCAAGCCCUGGAGCUGAAAAUCGGUGCGCUCGGAAGCUUGGCAAAAGGUUCAGCAGUGCCAAGUCUGUGCGCUCAAACGACCAUGCAGCAUAUUGCUGCAGGGAUGCUUCUUUGUUCGUUUGAGGUCCACCAGUCGUCUUACACUUCAGACCAAUGGAUAUUUUAUCUCGGCGGUGUCAAGACGGUCCUCAACGCGUCCUCUAUCAAAACACUACGUCAGCUUGGCUCAGAUAUGGCCGUCUUGCUGGACUGGGUGCACUACCACGAUGUUCUCGCACGUUUUUCCCUGCUACACUGGAAAAGAGAAGGGGUCCCAGAGCUCGCGUCGACUCCAACAGACCUCCUCUGUUCCCAGGUAUCCAAUCUGCCGCCGCCUAUUUUCUCCAUGCUGAAUCUGCUGUCCCAAGUAUGCGAUGCAGUAUCUAGCGGCGCAAUUCCACCAGAAACCAGCGACAACAUGGAUGAUUACAAAUGCUUCCUAGAAGUCCUGGAUUGGAGAGUCAGGCGCCUAUCGAUACCAAAAGUCCCGGAUGAUAACGAUCCUGUUUCGGAUGAUACGACGUUGGUAAUGCAACUAUACCAGCUCGCUAUACUGUUGUUUCUCAACCGAAGUUUCGAGGGCGUGAUCCUCCAACCCAUCAGAACACAACAACACAUCGACAGAGCCUUCGCUAUUCUCCUCCAGCUGAGCUCCUGUAAACAGCAGUUUCCCAUUUUCGUCGUUGGCUGUGAAGCGCGAACGGACGAGCAGCGGGCCGUCGUCCUCGAUGUCAUCUCCAGGACGGAGAAGAUGAGCUCGUCGCGAUCUUUGGACUAUUGCUGUCUGGGCCCAGGAUGA